ACCCAGUGCAGGAAUACAACGUCGUUGCUCUCCAUCCGGCCAUAUUUGAUUUCCAGCUGUUUUCGCAGAAGCCUCUCCGAGCCAGACAACCCCCCUAAGAUAUAUUAAAGUGCGCUGUCUGCAUUCAGAGAUAUAAUCCAGAGACUAUACCACUCCGCUCUCUAUUCUCGACCACGUGAUUGUCUAAAUAAUUAAUGCAGCACGUCCCCCUAGAAACACGGCGUCGUCAUUAAUCGCAAGGACUCUAUCAGACUUGAAAACUGAAGAGAUCCCCCAAGAAAAUAAUAUCCGAUACCCGGCGCAACUGUAGCCCCGCACUUUAGCCGCACAUCCGAACCGAUGGAUGCUUGGGUCGAGGAGGGAGCAGUGAUGAAUGCGUGAGGAAUAUAAAACAGAUUUGCGCAGAUUUCGGUCACAGACUGGAGCGACGGUGGGAGACACCAAUCACGUGAAAAAACAACACCCAUGCCAUUGGAUAGAGUUGCACUGGCUUAUUGGCUUUGAACCCACAAAAUGCAGAAAGCAACAUAUUACGAUAACGCUGGACUUUUUGGAGGUUACUCUUACCCCAAACCAGACUCGUACAACUACGGCCCCUCUCAUCAGUCCUACACUACUUCUAACAUUGAGAAUGACUACCAGGGCUCAGUCUGUCCCAUCCAGACCUCCACUGUCCGACCACCAACUCUCAAAGACGGUGACCUGAACGGAGACUGCAUGCGUCAGAGCAGCAGUCAAAGCAACAGCAGCAGCAGCCAGGCCACCAGUAUUGGGGAGCAGCAGGCCCCCCCACUGUCCGCAUCCUCCCCCGGAUCCAACAGCUCCACAUCCCAGAAGAAGAAGUCCCCAUCCAACAGCGCUUCCAGUACUACCACACCGGUCAUCACCAAGCAGAUCUUCCCCUGGAUGAAGGAGACCAGGCAGAACUCCAAACAGAAAAGCAACAACUGCACAACCGCAGGUGAGGUGAGUGAUGAAAAGAGCCCACCGGGACCAGCAUCCAAACGGGUCAGAACUGCUUACACUAGUGCGCAACUUGUGGAGCUGGAGAAGGAGUUUCACUUUAACCGCUAUCUUUGUCGCCCUAGAAGAGUGGAAAUGGCAAAUCUGUUGAAUCUCACCGAGCGCCAAAUAAAAAUCUGGUUUCAAAACAGGAGGAUGAAAUACAAAAAGGACCAGAAGUCUAAAGGGAUCGCGCACUCUCCCCUGGGACACUCCCCGGACAGGAGCCCACCCCUGAGUGGCCCAAAUCACAUUGGAUACUCUGGUCAGCUCCAGAACGUCAGCAGCCUCAGCUAUGACGCACCCUCGCCUCCUUCGUUUGCCAAACCACAGCAAAACAUGUACGGUUUGGCGGCGUACACGGCACCCUUGGGUGGCUGCAUCCCGCAACAGAAGAGGUACCCGGGAUCCGAGUACGAACACCACGGCAUGCAGAGCAAUGGCAGCUUUGCCAACGCCAAUUUGCAAGGCAGCCCAGUUUAUGUGGGUGGGAAUUUUGUUGAUUCCAUGCCAGCCUCGGGCCCCAUGUUCAACCUCGGCCAUCUUCCCCACCCCUCAUCCACCAGUGUGGACUACAGCUGUGCCGCUCAGAUCCCAGGAAACCACCAUCAUGGACCCUGUGAUCCCCAUCCCACAUACACAGACCUCACCUCUCACCAAGCGUCUCAGGGAAGGAUUCAGGAAGCGCCUAAACUCACGCAUUUGUAAUAUGUGGUGGAUGUGUUUGUGUGUGUGCGUGUGCGCGUGUGCGUGCCGAAUUGUGUGUGUGUGUGUGUGUGUGUGUGUGUGCCAAAAUUAUGUUGCGCUCUUUUUAUUACCUCACUAGUCUAAUAACUACACUCCAAGCGAGUCGUGUGUAUUAUUACAGUAUUAUUGAUAUUACUAUUAAUGCUAUUGUGUAAUUAUUUUCUAAAUAAUACAGCUUUGUCCAUUUCUCUUGAAUAUUUGAGGAUGCGCAGAGGCAGACACGCCUGGUGGUCAGUUGUUCCUUUUAUGUUAUGGUUUUUCUUUUCUCAAGUGCAAUGCGCAAUUUUUUGACUAAAUAUUUCAUGCCGUUACUUGAAGGUAAGUCUUGUAGAUCACGAAAGUAGAUGCUCAUUUUUAGAAAGAAGUACCUUUAGGAUAAAAAAAAUUUUGUCUGUUUGUCAGAAUCUCAUUUUUUUUCACACGAGCAUCCGAUUUAUUUAUUUCCAUUAUUUUUUUGCAUAAUCUUUCUUACUAGCAUAUAUCCUAUUUAUUAUUUAAUUACUUUUGUAUUGCACAUUAUUUAUCGUUUAUAUGCGAGUAUUUAUAAGUGUGGAGAUUUUUUUUUUUUUUUUUUUGUAAGAUUGGACAGAUCAGUGCACUUGGAAGUUGUGGGCAAAACAGGGUUUGAAAAAUGCUAGACUCGCAGUGUAUUGUUGAAAAAGAGCAUUUCUAAUUGUAAACCUGGGAUAAAUGGGGCAUUUUAUAGUGUAUAAACACCACUAUAUGUCCAUGGUUAAUCUUGUGUCAAACCUUAAGCAAAACGUAGACUAUCGAAGUAUCAAAUAUUAUACACACCAGCAUGUCAUUUUGUGUAGUCCAUUGCUAUUUUUUAUUUGUCUUCCAUUGUUAUUUCAUUCAGUUGGAUAUCCAUAAAUUUAUGAAACCCUAAUGAUAUUGAAAUGUUAUAUUUUAUUGUGUUUAACAUUUUGUAAAUAAAGUGCUCAAA